CUCCAUAGCAGGAGAUAGCAAUGGAUGGAACGCGGUGGAGUAUGGGUUGAUAUGGGGGUGCUAUGGGUCAAAAGUUGAAGGUAGGAUUUGGGUGAAGGACGGUUGUUGAGAGAAGUGAAAAAGGAAAGUCAAAAGGUGAUGGUAAAAAGUGGUAAUGAAAGGAUGUUGAUGGUGUGAUAGCGUGUUGAUGAUGUAUGUUAAGGAAAUUAAAUAUUGCAUAAGAUAGUGAAAGCUUAAAGGCUGAAAAAUGAGCAUAAAAAGAAACAGUCGGUUAUUAUUUUAACAAUUGCAUAUUUUGGCUGGACAUGAUAGCGUAUUAUUUGUUGAAUUUUCUAAUCUUUUUCAACUCUUUUUCAACUCAUCUCAUCUCAUAAUCAAAGCUAUCAAUCAACGAACAGUGUAUUUAAACGAUCUUGACCUUUUCAGUGUUUGUCGAAGUAGCAUAGCUCAACGCUUUUGAUAAACCAAUUUUUUGCGUUGUCAUGGAGACCAUUAAUCGUUUGAUGCAAAAAUGGCGUUGCCGUGUAAUAAUAGCCGAAUUUGCGCUCUGAUUGCUAUACUUCUCUUAUACUGUUUCUCUAAUAAGCCGAUUCAAAUGCGUAAGCCUGCGACAUUAAACCUCGCCACGCCGGGAGCGCCUAAUAGAGCGGUAACAACACCCUGCACCUUGCUUGACCAAUAAAAAGCCUUCAAACAUAUCAUUAAUGUGAAAGAUAAGGAACAGCUCUUACGUGUCUUCCGCAAGAACAAGAACAUCUGUGCGAUGGGAGAUGUUAAUUCGAGUGAUUUACGACGAAAACAAACCUCGGCUUUUCACGAAAGAAAGUGUGUCAAAAGUGGCUUGAAGUCCUCGCGCACGCCAUUUUAUCUCGAACCUAUAAGCACCUAUUUUUGUAAAGCUGUAAUUAUGUUUUAUCACGGGAAAUGAAAUCGGAUGUUUUUCUAAAUAGAUUUUUUCUAAGAAAAUCUAAGGUGCGAGACAGCUUCUUUUUACUGGUAUCACAUAACAACUUUCACACCUACAUCAUGAAAUUCAUACUUCAUAUUUCAAAAUUUUUUUAGUAUUCAUUAGUUUCCCUAAUCAGCCUACCUUUCUUUGUUAUUUUAUCUACUCACUAUAUAUAAACGUUAAUUAUCUCUAGAAUUUCUCGUUGUUUUUCUAAUUGAGCCUCCAAUAUGACGCUAAACUAAGGGAAAUAAAAAAAGGAAAUUAAUAAAACUGGAAUUGGAGAAAGGCUAUAACAAACAACAUCACAUAGAAAAAAACGUUUUAUUUAACCACAUUUACACAAUCUAUUGUUCAUAAUUCAUUUCUUUCCUGUAGUGUCAAUAUAAGCUCAAUUGUAAUUAAAAUGAUGUCUUUAUUCGAAAAUAAAACAAAAACCUUGUUACUAAUUCUUAGUUCACUCAUUGCAAAUCACAAAUUUUGAAAUUUUGAAAAGUAGGAAGUGUAUUAGUGGAAAAGUCUUAGGUGCGAUCUUAUUUCUUCUCGUUAUUUUUCGCAUUGCGGGGCACUGUCAAUGUAUGCUAAUUUCUCGAGUAUUAAUUUGCUAUUCAACCUGGUCCGGACUGUGUUAGCAGCGUUUCUCUCCUUUCGAGCCACCUCGCGCGGCAUGCGAUAUUUCACAUAGGACAAAGACGUGCUAAAUGAGAGAGGCUCGCACUCUGGUUUACCUACAUCCACAAGAAGAAGGCUUAUUACACGAUUACUGGCGGUGAGGAAUUCGCUAUGGAAGCUUAUCGAGUUCCGGACCUUUGUUGGCUGUUCUUUCCAGAUUAUUUACUCUUUGUGGACGAUUCGUGUUAAGAUUGUGAACCUGUACUAUCAUAACCAUUGUUCCGCGCCAUGCUCGAUAGCGUUCAGAUCGUACUUCUGACUAUAUCAGUGCUGGUUGUCGUAGCAAACGCUGCAGUAUGCGUCCUCGUUGUGGUCAGAAAACGCCUGCGGACCUACACCAACGGGUUCGUGUUGUCACUGGCGAUCUCAGACAUUCUAACGGGCGGAGUCUUCAUGCCGUUCAACCUGCUGAAUCCGAUGCAUAUUGCGCACGGCUUCGUCACAAUGCUGGUCAUCGUGUCCAGUACGUGUAACCUUAGCGCUGUGGCGUUUGACCGUUACCUGGCGGUCGUCAAACCUCUAGCGUAUAAAACCAAAAUCGCCGGCUCGUUCGCCCGUCUUGUGUGCGCGGUGUGGGGUGUAGCUGUCAUGAUGACUGUGCUGCCCAUCACGUGGAAAGCAGAUCAGUCGCUGUUGGUGCACAAGAUCUACGUAUCGUGUGCGGUGGCGCUCUUUCUCGUCUUUCCUCUCGUAUUCAUCUUGUUCGUCUACUCGUACAUAUUCGUCCGGUUGCGCAGACACGGCAGGUUGCUCAGAGCAAUGCAAGGUACUAGAACUCGCUUUGACGAAGUGCGGAAAAGUCGACAAGAGAAAAAAACCGUGAAAAUGUUCUCUUCGAUCGUUGCGCUUUUUCUCGUUAGUUGGUUUCCCGUGAUUGUUAUGACAAUGGCCUUCGUCGCCAACAAACCAGUCCCUGCAUAUGUCUUCACCAUUUCGAACUUCAGUAUUACAAUCUCAUCACUGGCAAACCCCUUUAUGUACACUUUAAUGAAACUAGAUUUUCGAGAAGAAGUGAUUGCUUUAUUGGGUAAAAGAAAGACACUAAAGCGAAAGCAUGUGCCGUUUGAACAUAAUAGACUAUAUAGCAUUAGCCCUAGCUCACGGACGCAAGUGGUAGAGGAAAACAAAAAAGAAACUUAUUGUUGAACCGACUGAGAUAUUACAUGUUUCCAUAGUGGCCACUUGAAUGAGUUAUAAAUUCCGGAAAAAUCGGAUAAAUUUCCGAGCUUUGAAUCGUUAGCGCAAAUGUGUGAAAUUCUUGUCGGGGUUUGUUAAAGCAACCCCAGGCAACACAUAGCUAUCUGCUUGAAAUUAUUUAAACGCACCAGAAACUAAACUGUGUUAAUUGCAGGAGCUUUUAUGAAAGAAAAAAAUUAGUUACAUCCGUUUACAUGAAAGCGUCGGGGUUUCUAUUCUAGUCCUUGUGAGACUAAUAUAACAAUCUGAUUCAAUACAAAUCACCGCAA